ACUAUCAUUUGACGUGACGUUUGACGUUUGACUUGGAGAAAAAAAUUGAGGAUCUGAAUACGAAAAAAAUGUGUUGAAUAUCAAGAAAAUUGGUUCCAAUUGAUAGAUGUUUAUUAUAAAUCAAUAAUCAGUAUAAACUUUAAAAUAAAUUGUCUAAAUCACCUUACACAAAAAUUGAAAUUCGUAUCCGUGAAGCACAAACUACACCAAGAUGCAGUGCUGCGUGCCUUUCUGCGUAAAUACUUCAGACAAUGCGGCAACAUCUGAGGGAACAGGAAUUACCUUUCAUGAGUUACCCAGUGAAGAAAAUCUCCAAGCAGCUGGGCUCAGAGCCCUCGGCACACAAGACCAUCACCUACCCGACCCUGCUGUGGUCUGCUCGCAGCAUUUUUUAGAUGAAGACUUUUAUAUAUCAAAGAGUUGUGUAAGGCAGAUUCGCUCUAAUGCUAUACCUACAACAGUGCAGAUGUGCAUGAUAUGCCUGGACACUGACAGCAAGCUGUCUCUAAUGAGUAAACACAAGUUGGAGAAGGCAUAUGAACAGCUAACUGGACUGUCUUUGUUUCAGUUGUGUCGUGGAGGAAAUCUGAAGCAAACACUCUGUAUGUUGUGUGCUCAGAGAUUGAUUAACUUCAGUAGAUUUAGAGACUUGUGCUUGAGAGCCCAUUCACUGAUGACAGACUUACUUGCACAAGAUGAAUUAAUUACAAUACAACAUGUAGAACUGAUGAACUGUGCAAUGAAACAUCUGAAGUUUAAUUUGACACAAACCACAUCAGCAACUAAUCACUGUGACUUGUACAUAGAUCACACUGAUGAAGAGGAUCAGACAGCAGCAGAGGAAUCUGUAGUGGGAGAUGUUGCAACAGUUGUGGUAAAGACUGAAGACAAUUCCAACAAUGACUGUAUUUCUACCAACAAUUACUCUAAUAUAAGCAUAAAGUUGGAAACAUGUUCACUAGAUGAAAAUGUAAAUGAAUCACUUCAUGCCAAAGUAGCAGCUUCCUGCACUACAGUUCCAGAACAUGUGCCCGAAGCAGAGAAUUUCAUUAAGAUUGAAAGUGUUACCUUUGGAUGUACGCUUUGUUCCGAAGAGUUUAUGCAAGAGAAUAAAUACUACGAACAUAUGAGCAAGCAUUUCCAGUAUGUCCCACUGAGGCUGAAUGAUGUCCCUCCCCCGGCUGCAGACUGCGCUCAGGCUUUAGUCGCUCCACUGUCCGCGAGACUUGCGGCAAACAACGACUACAAAGUGCAGGCAACUGAAGAAACAGCUGCGACCCCGAAAAGUGAACAAAUCCUUGAGACUGACAUUGGCGAACCGGACAAGCAAUCAUCUCAGAGCGGCACUAAAGUAUACACAGAUGUAAAUAGAUUCACAAACUGUGUAGUACAGUUACAUGAUAUUUUAAAGAAACCCAAGAAAACUGUACUAGAUAAGAAUCCACGAGUGAAAACCCACACUGGUGCGAAGCCUUAUUCUUGUGAGAUGUGCAAUUAUAAAUGUACAAAAAAAAGUAAUUUAUUGCAACACAUGAAAACUCACACUGGUGCAAAGCCUUUUUCUUGUGAGAUUUGCAAUUAUAAAUGUGCACGCAAACAUCAUUUAUUAGAUCACAUGAAAACGCACACUGGCGAAAAGCCUUUUUGUUGUGAGAUUUGCAAUUAUAAGUCAGCACGUAAACAUCAUUUAUUAGAUCACAUGAAAACCCACACUGGCGAGAAGCCUUUUUGUUGUGAAAUAUGUAAUUAUAAAUGUGCACACAAAAGUGAUUUAAAAAAACAUAAAAGGACCCACACUGGUGAAUAGCCUUUUUCUCAUGAGAUAUGCAAUUACAAAUCUGCAGAAAGAUGUAAUUUAUUGCUACAUAAGAUGAUAAUGCACACUCACACUAAGCCUCAAUCGAUCGCUCGAUGUGUGCGUUAAACACAAAAGCUUUAAUCAAUAUUUUUCUAAUUAAAUAUAAUUAUUGUAUCCUAGACUCUUAAAGUACAAAAAUCAAAGUGAUUGAAGUCAAGAUUAAACACAUAAGUUUGCUAUCUUUGUUUUACUGGAUUCUCUCGCUAGUGACGCGCAGUCUAUCGUCUACAAGUGCAGUAGCUAACCACCUCUUUAGGCUGCCAGUCCACCGAAGCGGAGCGAGGCAUCGGAGCCAAGGAACUGAGAAAUAUUAACCAAUAGGAUUGCACAAUGUCUCCGCUACUCUUAAGUGGACAGGAACUUGCGAGCUUGUUUAAAAAAUCAUGAAACCGGUAAGCGGAGCGGAGAAACAGUCUUUAUUUUCACAUAGUCUGCAACUCCGCUCCGCAACCUUGCUCCGCUCCGAUGGACAGACAUAGUACACAACUCCAUUUCGCAUUAGUCUUAUUCUCCGCUUAGGUGGACAGACAGGAAUACAGAAAGUGAUGUUUACGCUAUCUCUUAUGUUGUAAAAUGUAUAUCGAAAAUAAUCUUGUAAACUGCAGAACCAGUGGUGUGCACUCCACAGAUGCAAACGUGCAGUGCUUACCCGGCAGUCUCCUCACAAACCUGUUUUGGAGAGGACUUUUGUCCAAUUUGCUUACUCCAGUUAAAGACGUUGUGCACACCACUGAACAAAAUUUAACAAGUAUGUUAACUUUCAAAUUGUUUAAUUUACAGGUUCAAAAUAAAAUUAAAAUAAAAGUUUGUAAAAAAAGUA